AGUACGUCCGCCUUUACUUCACACUACACUCCCCCUAGACCAGAAUUUGGCUAUCUAAAUGGUGACUUCUGGUUUUAAUUCCCUCUUCAAUUUAUACAAAGGAUGUUGACAGUGCACUGUACCAGGAGGAUGGAUUUAAGCGGGCGGAAUGUCAUGUCUUUAUAACUUGGCUAUAUAUGCAGCAAGGAACAUGGAUACCAGCGGAGGCAAAUGCAAAUAAUUACUCCAUGCUGUAUAGUCAGCGUCCACACGGAGUGCCGAAGUUUGAUGAAAACGGAUAUAAAACAAGAACUAGCCUAACCACUACGUUGUUCUGUGUCCGACAUGGGAUUCUUAAUUUUUGUUCCCGCUGUAAACAACCUGUGUUGGAGUUAUGCGUGAUUUUAAACGUUUUAUUUCUACGGGUGUAACAGGACACCUGAAUAACUAUAUGAAAACAUAUCGUGUGCAAUUCGAUCACAACUUGGGUCUUCUGCAGCUAAAGUAUCAGUGACUCUCAGUGAAAUCAUUGGGAUUCGACGAUAAGAGCCCUUACGCCAAGAAACUUCAGCAUCCGGAGUCACAUCUCUCAGCAAAGGAUGCAGAGGAGACAGGGAUGAAAAACGGGUGAAGAAAGGGGAUAAAAAAAUCUACUUCAAACCUCAUUAGAAAUUGAAAUUUUUCUAACUGCUUCCAUGGUGAUUCAUGAUCCCAUGUAGCAGAAGAGAACUCUCCCUAAUAAGCUUGUUCGACAAAGCGGAACGAAGCGCUAAAGUCACCAAACGCUAGAUAGCGCUGAGCAUGUAAUUUGCUAAUUUUAACAAGUAUUUUUAUGACUUAAUAUUUAUUACCUACAUAUUGCCACGUUUUCAUUUACAUUCGAUAUUCAGCAAUGGGCACAUUUUGCUGAGGGUUGUUCACAUUGGAUGAGAGAAACGCAUGACUUUUGGAACUUAAUAAGCUAUCUUUUGGAUGGUUAAUGGACAUUAGUAAACAUCUGGCAGUCAGUUUUGAUGCAUCCAAGUAUAUGAUUCGCCUCCCUUUUUGAAUUAACCAUUAACACUAAAUCUACAUAGAUUUUUUUAAAGAGGCGAAAAGAAACAUGUUGCAUCUCCGUGCGCUGCAAUCAAUCAUGGUACUUUUAGGGGUAGCAGACUGUCGAGUCUUGGAGGGAUUGCAGAGGUUUUCAUCCAUCCCCACCUACUUGCCUGUCAACUACCAAGUGAUCAACGCAGAGUCUGCCUUCUUCCUGAAGGAGGCCAACCAGGAGUUCAUGAGAAACUCCAGCCUGCUGUCGCGGACAGAGCCCUUCUUCAUCUACCAGGCCCGCAGCAUGCCCUCAGUAAAUGCCAGCUAUGGCCCCCUCUUUGUGGAGCAGCCUGUUCCCCUGGAGCUCAUCCAGAACCCUGGGGCCUUCGUGGCCUCUUCCAUGUUCACCUUCAACUGGAAGGUGCAGACUUUCAUCAUCCAGGACAGGAUCUACCUGUCCAAUCCCAGGGUCCAGGUGCUGUUCUACGUGGCGGGCAGGGACUGGGAUGACUACAGCACCAUCGACAAGCUGCCCUGCGUACGCAUGUUUGCCUUCCACGAGACCCAGGAGGUGCGUGGCACCUGCCAGUUGAAGGGGGAGCUGGGGCUGUGUGCGGCUGAGCUGGAGCCCCUGGCCAGCUGGUUCAGCCCCCCCAGCGUGGUGCCUGGGCGCCAGAGGACCAUAGAGCUGGCCGAGGGGACCACGGUGGAGCUCUACUACAUGUUACAAUCAACAGAGGCAGGGGAGUGCCACUCGGAGGAGGCCCGGAAAGGCAACUCCAUCCGCUCGGAUCAGGAGGGUCUGUUUGGCUCGUCCACCUCCACCCCCAUGAAGAGGAUCGGCAGUGUGCGUCUGUACCAGAGCCCUGCCGCCCCGGCCUUGACUGAACACAGGCUGGAUAGUAACUUUCUGGUCAUGGUGCCGACCACGCCCAUGAGGCAGAGGGACACUGUCUCCGCCUUCAUCACUGCCUCGGCCUUCUCUCCUGUGGAAAUGUUCACCCUAAGGUAA